AUGGCCAGCCAGGCUGCGGCGGCCCCCGCGGUGUGCAGGGCGCCGCCCAGGGCCCGCCGCGGCGCCGCCGACCCCGCCCCGCGCGCGGGCCGCGCCCGCGGCCCGGCCGGCAAGGACCGCAGCGCCAGCCUCGUCGCGGCCGCGGGCGCCGCCGCCCCUGCGCGCGGGGCGCGCCUGCCGUCCGUCGGGGCCAGCGGGCCUCGCCGGGGCUCGCCGCCGGAGCCCAGCCGCUCCUCGACCGCGCCGCCGCUGGCGGCCCGGGGCGGGCCCGCGGCGUCGCCGCCGCCGCCCGAGCAGCGAGGCAGCCGGCGCGUCCCGUGCAUCGACGUGGGGUGCGCCCGGCGGAACGAGGAGGUCCUGGUGCAGGUGGCCGAGAAGCUGGGGUGGGGCGUCUGCAGGGGAGGCAGCAGCGGCACCGUCGCGUGGGUGGUCCGCAACGAGGACGUGGCGGACUGGCUGCUCCGGCUGAGACCCCGGCAGCUGCUGUCGCACAUCCCGGGCAUGUCGCACGCCUGCGGCAAGGUGUCGCUCGCGCGGGGGCUCCAGGCGCAGGGUGCAGAUUUCUGGCCGCGGUCCUGGCGGGUCCCGGAGUUUUCGGCGCAGGCCAUUGUCAAGGACGCCUUCGCCACUGGGGAGGUGUGCCUCAUUGUGAAGCCAGAUGGGGGCUCACACGGCGAGGGCAUCCACUUGGCACGCACGCGCGACGAGCUCCGCAGAGGCCUGGAGAAGCUUCUGUUUCCAGCCGCUAUCGUGCAGGAGUACGUGGACCGGCCUCUAUUGUUGGACGGCUACAAGUGGGAUUGCCGGCUCUACGCCCUAGUGAUGCCGUCUCCGCGUGGAGGACUCUCGUGCUGGCUUGCCCGCGAGGGCUUGGUGAGGGUUUGCAUCGACCCCUACGAGGCGCCAGUGCCGCGGAACCUGCACAAGCUGACCGUGCACCUGACCAACUACAGCCUCAGCAAGUUCUCGGAGAAGUUUGUGUUCAGCGACGACGCGGCCAGCGGCGACUCCGGCUGCAAGCGGGCGCUCUCCGCGGUGCUGUCCGGGCUGGAGGCCCGCGGGUCGCUGGGCGGCGGCAGCGCAGAGUCCCUGUGGGAGCGGCUGGAGUCCCUGGCGCGGCAGACGGUGGACGCCAUGGCGUCGCCGCUCACGGCCGCGGGCUUCAACCCCGCCACAUGGGAGGGCAGCGAGGAGGUGGCGCUCCAGGCCCAGGAGAAGUUCGAGCGCUGCUUCCAGAUCGUGGGCAUGGACGUGCUGCUGGACGAGGGCGCUCGGCCCUGGCUGCUGGAGGUCAACAACAACCCCUCCCUCAGCGUGGACGAGAUCCGGCCGCUGGAGGGCUGCAGGACGCGGGCGGAGGUGAACCAGGUGUUCGCCGCCGCCAAGCGGGAGUCUGGCCAGGGCCCCAAGAGGUGGGGCCAGCCCUGCCGGUGCUCGAAGCACCCCCGGCCCCACGCGCACUACGAGUGUCCCGUGGACGUCGCCGUGAAGGUGCCCGUCGUGGAGGGCACCCUGCUGAUCGUGAGCAGGGCGUCGGAGCGCGCCCGGGCGGGCGGCGUGGGGCCCGAGCCCGCGGGGGGCGGGGCGCCCGAGGGCGCGCGGUGGGCCGAGGGCACGAUAUUCCGCCCCGUGUGACAGACAGGACGCCCCUUUCGCCCUCUUCCUCCCCAUACGUCCCCAGGACGAAAGUUGUUUCCUCCUCCUCCUCCUCCUCCUCCUCCUCCUCCUCCU